AUGUUAACAAGAGUAAUUCUCUCAAUUAACAUUAUCAUUUUUCUGUGGAAUUUGAAUCAUGUGUUUGGUCAAUUUGCAACAAAUUUCAAGUGCAAUGAGAGUAAGCAGUCAGAUGAGUAUGUGAGAGAUGUCAAAAUUUAUAUCAACGAAGUUUCAGAGUAUUUAAAUUCAAAAUCAACACGAGUAGUGGAUUUGAGCACGAUUGGUCUUGGAUUUUUAAGUGAUGGAGAUUUUAUUGGCAGUUCCUAUCGUCACAUUUCAUCCCUAAAUUUAUCUCGAAAUGUUGUUAAAUCUAUCAGUUUUGGGUUGAUUUUGCGCUACCCAAAUCUACAGGAGUUGGACUUGAGUCAAAACUGCCUUACAUCUCUCGACGUAAAACAUCGAAUAAUUUUCAGAAAUCUCUCAUCGCUCAAUGUGAGCAGAAAUUCAAUUACAAACAUUCAUCCGUUCACAUUCUCAAAUGUAUCGCUCGAAGUUGUUGACCUAUCGCAUAAUCAUCUCAUAAGAUUUUUGGCAGCAGACUUCGAAAUACGGCAACUGUAUAUAAAUGAUAAUAAGUUAACACAAAUUGAAAUUGAUUCAGGACAUCGUAAAGAGCUGAAGAUUCUCGAUACGAGCAAUAAUAACCUCAAGAUAGUUCAAAUCAAUGUCGAUUUGAGUAAUUUGAUUCUGUCCAACAAUCAACUUACAAUGGAUGAAUAUUUUCGAAUCAGAAAUGUUUACGGAACAUUAGACAUGUCGAGGAAUUAUAUCAGUGAAUUCAAUUGGAAAUUCAUAAGUUGCGUCACAAAUCUUGACAUCUCCCACAAUCAAUUCACAACAUUUCAUGUUGAAUGUCCAUCGAAACGUUUUCAACGAAUAAAGAGGCUUAAUUUAAAUGGAAACUUUUUAUGUAACUUCAAUGAUGCACAAAAUAUAACGAAAUGCUUUCCAAACUUGAAAUUCAUCAGCAUAAUGCACAAUCGAUUGAAUAAGAUUCAAAAAAUCAACAUCAAAAGUACACUCUCCAAAUUGAAAGUAAAGUCACAAAUGUUCGAUUAUGAUGUUCAUCCAAUAACUUUAUGCGAUGAUGAUGAUUGUGAUGCAUUCAAUAUUUUCUUUAAAAAAUUUGAAUGA